UUACAGUCUAUGGUGUAAACAGAAGGAUAUGGCCGACGAGAGGGGUGGAGGCGACAACAAUAUCAACGACAACAUGGGCAACCAACUACAGCUCUUACCCGAAAAUGAAGAGGAAGAGGAGAAUGAGAUGGAGACUGAAGACCGUGACAGUGAGAAUGCAGAAAAACCAAACAUAAACUUUGACCCCAGUCUUCCAACGUCACAUGCUUACCUGGGCUCAGACAUGGAGGAGUUUCAUGGGCGCACAGUGCACGAUGACGACAGCUGCCAGACCAUCCCAGUGCUGCCGUUCACAGCUGUCAUGCUGAUCCCAGGACAGACCCUGCCGCUGCAGCUCUUUAGACCGCAGGAGGUCAGCAUGAUGCGCAGCAUUAUCCAGAGAGACCGCACCUUUGCUGUUCUCGCACACAGUGAAACAGGUGAGGUGCAGGCAGAGUUUGGGACGACGGCUGAGAUCUAUGCUUACCGGGAGGAGCAGGAGUACGGCAUUGAGACAGUCAAAGUGAAGGCAGUCGGACGGCAGCGGUUCAAGGUCCAUGAGAUUAGAACCCAGGCAGACGGGAUCAGACAGGCCAAGGUGCAGAUCCUCCCAGAGCGGAUCCUACCGGACCCCCUGACUGCAGUGCAGCUCACACCCCUGUCCCGCCUCCAAAUGCACCCCUCCUCCAGACCCCCCGUCCAGAGCUGCAAACAGGCCCAGCGCUGGUGGGCCACUUACCGCCAGAGGAAGUUCCACUGUGCCAACAUGACCUCAUGGCCUCCCUGGGUCUACGCCCUCUAUGACUCUGAGACUCUGAUGAAGAGAGUGAAGAGACAGCUCCAUGAGUGGGACGAGAACCUCAAGGAUGAUUCCCUCCCCACAAACGCUAUAGAUUUCUCCUAUAGAGUGGCGGCCUGUCUGCCCAUAGACGAUGCCCUUCGGCUCCAGCUGCUGAAGAUUGGGAGUGCCAUCCAGAGGCUGCGCUGUGAGCUGGACAUCAUGGCCCGGUGCACUUCGCUGUGUUGCAAGCAGUGCCAAGAUAUGGAGAUCACCACCAAGAAUGAGAUCUUCAGCCUGUCUCUGUACGGCCCCAUGGCAGCCUAUGUCAACCCACACGGCUACGUCCAUGAGACCCUGACCGUCUACAAAGCCAGCAACCUCAACCUGGUCGGAAGGCCGUCCACGCUCCACAGCUGGUUUCCAGGGUAUGCCUGGACGAUCGCUCAGUGUCGUACCUGUGCAUCACACAUGGGCUGGAAGUUCACAGCCACCAAGAAAGACUUGUCCCCUCCUCGUUUCUGGGGCUUGACCCGCUCGGCCAUGCUACCCCGCAUCCCCCAGACUGAGGGUGAGGAGGGGGACGAGGGCUCCCGCCUACUCUGCCUGUGACAACAUGGGGACCUCCCCUCCCCACCCCCCAUGUCCCCAACGGGUCUUCGAUCGCCCCACCCUGUCCAUUGGGUCUCUCUUUUAUUAAUCGAUGCAUCCCGCCCACCCCCGACAGCCAUGGCAGCACAUUCAUCAUAUUAGUGUAAAGGUCAUCCUGCUUUUAAAUGGCACUUUCUAACACAGAGAGAGAGGGGGGGGAGCGAGAGAGAGCGAGAGAGAGCGAGCGAGCGAGGAGGAGGUAGGAGGGGUGUUUUGUUCCUGAGUGCAGGGACACUGGUGAUGGAAUGCGUUGCACAUCGACAGAUAGAUGUGGGGAAUGGAGCAAGAGAUUAAUUCUGCAACACAGGCAUAUCUUCCCCAUAGCAUGCUACUCUUGACCUGUCUGUACUGCUGUUUGUACUGUGGUCUGUCUAUCCAGCUUCUAUGCUAUCUGCCACAGACACGGCACGCACCAGUGCAUUGCCACUUGCUCUUAAACAUAGUGGGUGUGACUUUGCAUGCAGUAUCCAGCUAGGUGUGUAUAGGUUUAUAGACACCCAUCAAGAGGACCUGUAGUCCCCAUAAUCUAUCUCUAAACAAAUCAAUCAAUAGAAAGCCACUUGGGAUUCAGGUCCACUGUUUGUCCUUGAUGUGUUUCUCAGAGGAGCUCAAUUCAGCUGGAUCGUUUCAUGGAGAGUUAAACCAUGUAAAAUCCACGAUUAGAGGGUGUACGAACAUGUGAAAGUAUGCUGCUUUUACAAGGAUGUUUCAUGCCUUUGUUUCAAAUGCCAGAUGUUUUGAUCAAUUGAUCAUAUGCAAGGAAUGCAUAUAAUGGAGGAAUUUGGAUCAUGAAGAAUGUAAGGAAGCUAUUGCUUUAUUUUGCCAUGCGUGGAAAUAUAUUCUUUGUUUGGUUUUCAUAUUAUCACAUUGUCUAAAAACGUACAGUGUGUAUAUAUAAUACACAUGUAGAGAUACUGGUUUCUAUUUUGAAACGGAUGGAGGCCCAUUGAACUGCAAGACAUGGUUCCUCUGAAGACAAGGAGUACCUCUGGUCAGUGAAGAGUAGAGUUGGUUUGGUGCCUGGUGUAAUAUAGACUUGGAUAGCAGGGCACAAGGCAGUGGAGCCAGAGCUACUAGAAUCUGUCUUUCUCCAUGGUUCUAUAUGUGUUGUUGAUGCUGCACUAAGGGCAUGGCUGAAUGGCGUGCCUAUGGUCCAAAUCAAUGUCUUAUGAGCCACACAAUUAAAUGGGACAUUGUGUUAAUUAACCUGUAUUGGUUGAAAAUGGCAACAUCAUAUCAAGUGUUACCUACAUAACUAUAUUUUUGUUUAGAUCUAUGUAUUUGUUUUAAAUUAAGAAUUGUAUUCCUUGCUGAUGUACAAGGUUAUUUUGGCUCAUGUUUGUUAAACAUUUUAGAGUAAGUAACCAAUAAAAGUCAAUGAUAGCAUUUCUGGUCUGAUAUAACUAAUGUAUCUAUGUAGAACCUCAACACUCUUGCCCCUCCCAUUGCCAUGUAUUUCCAUUUUAGAACAAUGUAAAACAUGAUUGAUUUGUUCAGCUCAAUUAUCAACAAUUGAGUAAAGUAAUUCUACGCAAUAAGAAAUGUUCUACAAUA